UCGACUAUAAAUCCCCCGUGUCACCUUAUCACCUUACCACAUUUUCAUAAAACAACCAAUUUAUAUAUAUUUUUUGACACCCCCUAUAAAGAAAAAAAAAAAAAAUCCCAUUAACCCCAUCAACCACACCAUGGUCUCCGAAUCAAGCCAAUCGAAAAACGUCUGCGUGAUCGGAGCUGGACCAUCGGGGCUAGUGGCGGCGAGAGAGCUAAGAAAAGAAGGCCAUAGGGUGGUGGUUUUAGAACAAAAACAUGAUAUUGGUGGUCAAUGGUUAUAUGAACCAAAUGUGGAAAAAGAAGAUCCUUUUGGAAGGAAUAAAUUUUUACAAGUGCAUAGUAGUAUUUAUUCCUCUCUCAGAUUAAUUUCACCUAGGGAAAUUAUGGGUUAUACUGAUUUCCCAUUUUUGGUCAAGAAAGGUAGAGACAUGAGGAGAUUUCCUGGUCAUAGGGAACUUUGGUUAUACUUAAAAGAUUUUUGUGAUUAUUUUGGUUUAAGAGAUAUGAUUAGGUUUAAUACAAGAGUAGAGUAUGUGGGUAUGCUUGAUUAUGGUGAGUUAAGGAAAGAUUUGAAAUGGGUUGUUAAAAGUAAAGAAGAAACUAAUGGAAAACAAGUUGAAGAAGUGUUUGAUGCCGUUGUUGUUGCUACUGGUCACUAUUCUCAUCCUAAGAUGCCUACAAUUAAAGGAAUGGAUACAUGGAAAAGGAAGCAUAUGCACAGCCACAUUUACAGGGUUCCUGAACCGUUUCGCAAUGAGGUGGUGGUUGUUGUGGGAAAUUCACUAAGCGGACAAGAUAUAUCAAUGGAGCUAGUAGAAGUGGCCAAGGAAGUUUAUCUAAGUACAAAAACUCUUGAAAUAACACCAGGCUUGUCGAAAGUCAUCUCUAAACAUGAAAACUUGCAUCUUCGUCCACAGAUAGAAUCCCUUGAAGAAGAUGGCAGAGUGCUAUUUGUAGAUGGCUCUCAAGUCAUUGCCGAUACCAUCUUAUACUGCACAGGGUAUACAUACACAUUUCCAUUUCUUGACACCAAAGGAACAGUGGUUGUGGAUAAUGAUAGGGUGGGACCUUUGUAUGAACACACCUUCCCUCCAUCACUUGCUCCCUCUCUUUCUUUCGUAGGCAUACCUAGAAAGAUUAUAGGGUUCCCAUUUUUUGAAUCACAAGCAAAAUGGAUAGCAGAGCUUCUGUCUGGGAAAAGAAGAUUGCCAUCAUGGGAGGAAAUGAUGCUCUCCAUUAAGGAGUUUUAUAAAUCAAAGGAUGGUGCUGGUGUUCCCAAACAUUAUACUCACGAUAUUGCAGAUUUUGAGUAUUGUGAUAGGUAUGCAGAUAAUAUUGGAUUCCCACGUUUAGAAGAAUGGAGGAAAGAGCUUUGCAUAUCAGCCUUAGUAAAUGCAUCAGAAAACUUGGAGAACUACCGUGACUCGUGGGACGACCAUCACCUCCUCCAAGAGGCUCUUCAAAGUCCUCAUUUCACUCAACUUGGAGUUCAAGAUUUCACUUUUAUGUAAAAUUCUCUUUUUGUUGGGUUUUAUUUGUACCUCUCUUUUAUAAUAUUCAUUGUUUAAAGAGAAGGGUAAAAAGAAAUUAUGGUUUUCCUAUCAUUUUGGGCAAAGUAUAGUUCAAAAGUUUUUGUAAAACAAAACAUUUUUUUUUUUCUCUUUUGGCGUAUUGCCUCAGCAUUGUUAAUCUGCCUAUUGUGUAAAGCCAAAAAAAGAAUAUAUCAAAUUGUUGAGAAAUUAUCUUGAAAUAAAAACUAGAUGGGUUGAUGUUUCAGAGCA